UGUCCAACUUUUACAUUCCAGUCGUCUCCGAAUCACGCUGUUGGCACGCUCCAUUUAAACCCGAUUACACAACCACUGCAAGCGAGUGCUUUGAUGCCCCCGUCAGAUCACCAACUUGAUCUUGACACGAGCUCAUUAGACACUCUUGUAAAUAGCAACAACAGUCUCUUGAUGCACAUCUAUAACAGUGAGGUGGAUCCGUCGCGUCAUUCAAAUCCGAUGCUGAACACCAUCGAUGAUAACAUGUUAAAUUCGCAGCUAUUAGGAGAUAUAAAGAAUGAUUCAUCGUUGGGCGGAGCGCCGACAGCACCGAUCAACGUGCAUCUACCGAUGCAACUGAAUAUGCUGAAUUUCAGGUCGAUCAAUCCCCAACAGCUGCCAUCGGUGCACCAUCUGACGUCCACAUCGUUGCCCGUCUCGGUACCCAUGGAUUACAGUAUCCAACAUGAGGGGCCAAACGUUGCUCAUCCGCAAUAUAUUGUCACCACUCAACCAGAUAUGAUGUUGCCACAAGGCAUCGGAUAUCAGCAUCAUGGGGUAACUGAAGAGUUUCACUUGCGCGAAAACAAUCAUAUGAAAGCUUUGAGAAGAAAAUCUUGCCAAAGUCGUAGACCUCAUGGAUCCUUUGGAGUGGAUGCACUGGGAUGUUAA